GAAAGACCCCAGGAGGAGGGGGCCAGAAGGCUGCGUUGCAGUAUACGCCGGUGUAGGAGCUAGGAGGGUCCGCUGCGUGCCUCGUCAGCAGACCUCCAAACUACCCCUACAUGUAAGCAUCCGUAAACCCGUUCGCCCGCACAUAGGAGCACGAGCUGGCAGAGGAGGUGGCGGUGGUAAUGCGGGCGGCGCCUCCCGCACCUGCACCCCCCGCACGCGCACCUCCACCCUCACCCAUGCCGGGAACCGCUGCGGCGUCCUUCCAGCCUCUGCCGCCGCAGCUCGGCUGCCAAUACUCAGCUGCCAGCAACGUGAUUGCAUCGGCGUCGACGAUCGCUGUCGAGUGCCCCGGCGGUCUGGACGGCGACUGUGGGUACGUUGGCGGAUUCAGCAGCAGCGCUCGGAACGCCUUUGACCCACGGGUCACAGCCGCCGCCGGCGGCGGCGGUGCUGGCGCCGGCGGUCCCGGUGGUGGCUUGAGUGCCGCAUUGGCUGCGACAUACGGCAUGUCGUACGAUGACGGCGAUGGGGAGGAGUUGCCUCCGGGCAUGGUUCGGCGGGUGCUGCUGCGGGGGCUGCGCAUGCGUGUGGGUGUUGAUGUGGGGCGGUUGACGGAGAGUCUCUCCCCGGCGAGUUCAUGUGUGGUCUACAAAGGGAAGACCAUGAACCGGGCCGCCCGAAUUGCCAAGCUCGCCAGUCCCGGCCAGGUCCUCUGCAGCGCUCAGGCCUGGUACGCAGCCCGCGUCAGUCCCGACGUAGACGUCGCCGCCACCAUCACCGCCGCCAGCCUGGGCCGACACGUACUGCGGGGCGUCUCGGAGCCGCUGGAGGUCUUCAACUGCCGCCUCAAACAACCGCUUUCGGCGGACACAGCAGCGGCGGGAGCGGGGGCAGCAGCGCCAACGGUGGCGGCAGUGGCAACGGCGGUGGCAGCAGCGGCCGCGGGAGGAGGAGCUGCUGCAUGCGCAGCGGAGGUGGCAGCAGGGGAGGAUGUGGCGUCGUUUCCGGGUUCGCGUCGUACAAGUGCUUCGUACGUUCCCGGCGUGUCGACGGCGGCCUCUUGGCGGCGUUGGGAGCGGGAGCGGGAGCGGGAAGGACGGAAUGAGCCGGGGGAGAAUGCCGUACCGGUACCUGAGCGCCCGGUGUUGCUGAACGCUACUCCACAACGUUCCCAGCAGCCGCCAACGCAGCAGGAGAAAGGGCCGGCGGUGGCUCGUCCUCAGGAGCAGCCGCAGCCGCAGCAGGCGCGUAUGGUUGCGACUCCAACGGUAACCGUUACGAUGUUGCCGGAUGUACAAGGCAGCGGGAGUCCGACGGCGGUGCCGGCCAGUUUAGAUGCAGUCGCGGUCUCUGCGGAUGUCACCAUUGCCGCCGCUGCUGGCGGCGGCGGUGGUCGCGGCGGCGGUGGCGGCCUAAGUUGGCUGGGACGGAGGUUGAAAUGGCGCUCCCCCGCGCCUGCCGCCGCCGCUGAAGUGCCGCCCCGUACGCUAACGGCGCCGCAGGUAGGCAGCGGCUGGGGCGGAAUGGCGAAUGAAAGUACGGCAACCGGCGAUACCGUACAUAACAUGAGCACCGUUGUUGAAGAGACAGCUGACGUCAGUUACGGCAGUGUCGGCGAGGACAGCGACGGAGGCGACGGCACCGGCGACAGCGCCGACCGACGCUCGACCGCCGUCAGGGAUUCUGCCGCCGCCGCUGCGCCACACCUGGGAACCGCCUCCUCCGCCAGCAUGUUUGCGGCCGUACCGUCCAUCCUCAUGUCGACACAUGGCAGCAACAAAGCCCUGGGACCAGGUGCUACUACCAGUUUUGGAGGCGGCGGCAGUGGCGGCGGCGGCGGCGCCCCGUCUUUGAGCUUCUGCGGCACCUUCGACGGCCGCAGUACGGCUGACAGCCGCCGUAUCCGCGACCCAUCUCAGCCGGGCUCCGACGCAUUCCUCCCAGCGGCCGCCGUACACACCGUCGGCGGCAACGUCAACAGCGGCAGAAGCGCCCGUCGGGGUAGCAUCGCCGGAAGCGUUGGCGGCAUUCUGACCACCGACGGCAGCCCCAGCAAACGGCCUCCCAGUAGCGCCGGCGGUGGCGGUGGCGGUGGCGGAAGCAGCACUAACCGUGUUAACUUGGCCGCAUUCUGGUUUCCACGCCACAGCGGUCCCAACCUGCACCUCCGAGACGCCGCCGCCUCCGCCGCCAGCUCCUCCCGGGCCAUGCGGGCCGUCAGCUCCGCCUUCAGUGGCGACGGAGCCAACCGUAGCAGCCCCGCCAGCGGCGGCGGCGGCGGCGUCAGCGGCGGCUCCCAUCCGCUGGGCCCGCUGGGUCUUCGGGUGCGUACGGCAGGCGGCGUCGGUGUCAGCCGCGUCAGCAGCAGCGGCGUCGGCGGCUUCGGAAGGUACGGCACUGUGGGCUCGUUUGCCCUGCGCGAGAGCUUGUCGUCAGCGGCGGCGGCGCUGGGGGCAGGGCUCAUGGCCCUGGGCGGCGGCGGCGGUGGCGGCAGCCUGGCGGGCAGUCCGCAAGGGACGCCACAGCCGCCGCCGAUGUCCGAUGCGUUGCGCCGCUCGAGGCGGCGAUCUGUACUACACACGCGCGCCGCGGCGGCGGACCCGGCGUCAGUGAACCGGGCGCUGCUGAACUGUACGAGCAUGGGACGCAACGGCCGCAUGUCGAUGGGGUCCACGCGGGGUAGCGGGAGUCGCAGGCGCAUGAGCACCCCCCUGCUCGAGGUCGUCACACUGGGGCCGGACAAUGUCGCCUCCCCGGCACGCAGCACGCCGAGGGCUCGCCGCCUGCCCCUAGGCGGUCUGGGCGGCACAGGCGGCGCGGCCUCAGGUGUCUCCGGCAUCGCGAGCGGCGGCGGCUGGAGUGGGGUCGUGCGUACGACAGCCUCGGCCCGUCGUGCUAGCGGAGAAUCCUUGCCGUACUUGGACGUCUUUAACGACAUCAACGAAGAACACGGCACCAUGUUGGACGAGCUGUAUGAAGAUGAGGAAGAAAUGCUGGGAGAUGACGAGCAGUUGUACGACAAUAGCGGUAAUACGGUUGCCGUAUUACCGUACACGGGAAGUAGCAUCCCCGGGAUGCUGCUGGGGGGAUCUAUGCGGGGGUCUAUGCGUGGAUCCAUGCGGGGCACCGGGGGUGGUGGUGCUGUAGGUUGUCCUGGGGGAGGUGGGGGUACGGCAGCCGUGGCGGUGACGGUGCCCACAUUUGACGAUGACCUGCCUUGAACGGUUUGUGCGUUUCAUGCAAAGCACAUCAAUGAGGAGAAAGUGCUGUGGCAUGUAGCUUAAGAACGCGAGUAGGGUUCAUGCUGCAGAUGAGAGCUCGUGGGGUUAUGGAGAUCUUAGCCUGAAGUACGACAUGCACACUUCUUCGGUGUCGGAGCCCCGCCUGCCUUGUCACUCCCCGUGCUUUGCACUUUACGACACGCGAAUUUUGGUAUUGAUGCUCAGGUGGUCUUUAGUAAAACACGGACUCCGAGACGUCUGUUGAACGUACACGCAAGAAUAUAUGAGGUUACAGAAAACAUGGAAACCUGCUUGCGUGCUUUGAUGUAUUAUGUGAACUAUCUUGGACAUGCGCCUUUCCUUCUCGUCAGUCCCGGGCGCAGGCUGACUUUGGUGGGGGCUAAUAUUUAGUGGGAGGACGUAUAGGUUACUAUUGUGUUGUGCCCAAAAGACGAUGACUAAGCGAUGUGUUCAUGCGCGAACAAAUCACGGACGUCAAGUAUAACAAUGGUGACAUGUGAUUAGGGUCUUGUUCUGGGAAUCUGUCUUUCCCCCAUCAACUCGAUCAACCAAGCAACUUUGUGCUGCAACUUAAGCACAUACUAGUUCCUGACGCCUCUGCGCGUGUUUGCAACUUGGGAAUGCGUGCAGUACGGAAUGAGUUGAUACGGGUCUGUUCGGUGUCUUACACUUUACACAACCUCCCUAAACCUCCUGUUGCCUUCUGUCGGUUCCUCGCUACCAUAUGAAAUGGAAGGCGGUUGCUCCUUGACAAAACAUUAAUGGCGGGGGUAGAAUGUAGGAAUUGCGGGGGGCCACUGUUCCUGUCAGCUAGGGACAUGUGCGAUGGGGCAGGGGUGGUUGCGGAGGGUUUGGUUGAUGGUGUUGUGUGACCAGUUGUUGCCACAGGUUGCGGAUUUACCUCGGCUUUACCAAGGGGAAGGACGUACCUUUCCUAUGUUGUUCUAAGGAAUUAAAUGAAGCACUGGGAGGAGGGGUCUUUGGUGGCGGCAGGUAACUUUCCGCUUGGGGCGCUGGGAGGCACGACUCCUAUAAGCAUUGCAGGCCCUGAACGUGUAAUCUAAGAUCAGAGA